AUGUUCAUCAUCGACGACGCGUGGUAUCUCAUUGGCACGUUCUCCAGUCGCAACCUUCCAUUUGCAUUACUCGUAGUUUCUCUGGCCAGGAACUUCGACGCCUUUCGCCCAAACGAGGAAAAUCGUGGAGAGGACUCGCUGUACAAAGCUCAGAUGCUCAGAAAACCAAGACUUCAAGCCAGUCGGAAGAAUGGGGGUAACAAUUACGCACACAUGCAUCGACGUCAGGUGAAUCUGGACCCCGGUACGGAUCUGGAAUCUGGGGACGAUUUGGACGAUGUGGAUGAUGGAUCUCAAUCUGAUGUGGGGGACGAAGGCGAUGGCGAUAAUGACGAUACCACGCAGACCGGGAAACUAGACACACCGGAAAAGACGGACAAGCCAGAGAAGACGGACAAGCCAGAGAAGACAGACAAGCCAGAGAAGACGGACAAGCCAGAGAAGACAGACAGGCCGGUGAUGGAAGUCCCAACACUAACAUUUAACGUCUACAAGUCAGGCGCCGACUGCUGCGCCAACCUCGCAGACUCCCAGCUUACCGUCUCCAACAGAGACUUUGUCCCGAACCAGCAGUACGGCAUCCAAUUCCCGUAUCGGAGGUGGAGGCCAAAGUACCGCUCUCUCGUCAACUACGCUGACCAUUUCGAGCUCGGUUUUGUCAUCCAACACAAGCACGGGAAGCACAUCCAUCCCAUAUACGCUCGGCUUCAAUACGUCUUCAGUAUCUGCAACAAACAGGCGUUUGGUCACAACAACCUUCUUUACUUCCACGAAAAGCAGCACGGCCACGGAGAGUGCAUCACCGGGCACGGCAAGUGGUGGAUCGGCGAAUUCCGAUGGCUUAAACCCAGUGCCAAGGCUGGCAUCUCCAUCGGCACGAUCGCUGCUGCCGCAAUCAUCGCCGCCGGGUUGUUCAUGUUCUGGAGAUGGUAUCGCGCCCGCCGUGACCAAGCACGCACGGAAAAAACUCUAGAUGCGCCACGCGAUGGUUCCAGGAGCAGCAUGGAGCAGCCACAGGAUGCCCGGACACAGUCUCAGAUUAUGGAUGACUUGUUAGCAUCAGCCUACGCGCACCAAAAUGGCCGUUCAGUAUCCGCAGAGUACCUGGUGGGCGCAUGUGCAAAGAGCGCUGGCGCAGCCAACACUGACGGAGGUCUUCCAACCACAUUUCUCAAUGCCAAUAUCCGCUCCUCCAUCGCAAGCUUUCUGCGACGCCACCACCCGCUACAGCUGAAUCCGCUAUACGGGCGCAACAGCGUCAUGUCCACGAGCAGCCAGGACCCCAUGUCUCCAUCGUCCACGGCCCACACCGUUCCACCCGUCCCGCCGAUGCCUGAGGCGCACCACUCUGGUAGCACCAGCAGAUACUCCUCUAGCGUGUAUUUGCCAACCGGCCUGCCACGGCCCCCUGCACCGCCGUCGGCCUUCCUGGAAAGCAAUAUCACCAACAACGCUAUGCCGCCCAGGUACCAGUCCGGCUGGUCAGACUCGAGCGCCGGCGCUGCGAGCGUGGCCACGACGUCGGACAACAACACGGCAAUUUUAUAUAUGUACGGCAGCACGGCCAACACAGAUACCAAUGUGGGACCACAGCCUCAGAUACAACCGCGGCAGCAUAGCUUGGUCUCCCCUCUGUCGCCAACAAUGCAACAGCCGCCGCCCUGGAACGGGUCACGCAGCUAGAAUGAUAAUUUCAUGUCCCAGUAUUGCGGGAUUGUAAAUAUGGC